AUGCAGAAGAAGGAAAUCGGGACCCUUUGUUGGGUCUCUUGGUCUCAGUUGAAAUCAACAAGUCUCGACAAUAUGAUUCAAGAUGGCAGAGGUGGUGAUGGCUUACCGGCAACAGCAGAACGACGGUGGCGUGGGUGGCAGCCCUACUGUUGGCUUUUCUUGCUUCUAGUGGUUCACAACACGAAAGGAAAAGGGAAAGCAGUAACAGGUUUUCAAGGGUGUUUGUCAAGUUGCUUGAUAGAAAAGGAAUCGAAGGAGGAGAGUGUGGUGGUUUAUGGCGGUGGGGCUUGGUCGACCAAAACGGUGGUGGCAACAAGUGGUGUGUGGGCAGUGGGAAGUGGUAGAGUGUGA